AUGCUUUAACGACUUUUAAUUCUUAUAGUGCUAUUUGUAAUAUUGGAAUAUAUUCAUUAUUCUAGAUCUUGGAGUUUAGAAAUAAUAUGCUUGAUUUGUUUAGGAUUUGCAAUUUGUUUAAUCUUUAGGAGAAACUGUAAAAAAUUGCUUAGCAAUUCGACGAGAAUAAUAAUACUAAUAAUUUUUUCUCUCAUUUUUUAUUUCGUAUACAAUCUAAGCAGAACUAAUAGAACAUUUUAUUUUCUUCAGGAACUAUUUUAUUAAGUCUAUCAAGCCUGUUUGAUUUUCUAUUUUGGAAAAAAAUUAGUUUAAGGUCCCAGUAAAAGAUAAAAUUUAAAUAUAAUUCGAACCAUCUUUGGAAUUCUAAUUAUACUAGAUAUUACUACAUUCAUUAUAUCCAUUAUUGAGGCAGCUUCCAAGAAAUAAAUGUGCAAAUAGAUUUCAUUUACUGUUUUUAGGUCCAUCAGUCUAAUUACAUAAAUACUCUUCCUGGUCAUUGUUGAAAAAUUAUACAAACGAUUUUUAUUGAACCUAAAGAAUCUACUCAAGAAUGAAUAGUAGACCAAGCGAUAAAAGUCUCAUUUCUUUUAGUUAAAAAUAUUAUGCUACAUAAGUUUCUUCGGAUCGCUAAUUUUGUUGAUCGUUAACUUUAUCUAUAUGUUGUCCUCUGAUUGUAGAAUUAUACCCCAUUAUGGAAACGGAGAAUACAAUUUCUCGGAUGAACUCAAUGCAUUAGUACAUACUACUGUUAAGUUACUUACCUAUUUCAUACCAAUAAUUCUAACUUUAGUGUUAUUUACAACAAAGAAUUAGAAAGAAGAUUCGAAUAAUUCAGCUUUUGAAGUUGAAGAUUUAACAUAUCAACAGUAUUUUUAAGGCUUGGCUUUUGAUAAAUGAUUAUAAAUCUAAUGAAAA